AGGAUUGAGCGAGCGAGCAGCUCGCGUGUUGGGCCGGCCCACGCGAGUCAAGUGUGACGCGUGAGCGUAGGCUCGUUAACUGGUUGAGCCGAACCAUUCCACCCUCUCCCGCACACACAUCACAUCCAGACCUAGCCACCACCACCACCAUGGCAGCAUCGCCGCCGCGCCGCCGCGCCUCGCCGCCGGCGAUCCCGGACGAGCUAUUCGAAGAGUUCCUCCUCCGCCUCCCACCCGACGACCCCGCCUGCCUCCUCCGUGCCUCCCUUGUCUGCAAGGCCUGGAGCCACACCGUCUCCAGCCCCAGAUUCCGCCGCCGCCUCCAUGAGCUCCACCGCACACCCCCCGUGCUCGGCGUCCUCCACAACUGGGAAGACGAUGCCAUCCCCCGAUUCAUCCACACCACCGCAUCGUCCUUCUCCCUUGCCGCUCCGGACUCUCGCUCCUGGCGGGCCCUCGACUGCCGCCACGGCCGCGCCCUCUUCCUCUCCAAGGGCCAGGACGCCGAGGAGCUCCUUGUGUGGGAGCCAAUCACGGGCGCCCAGCAGCGCGUACCGGUGCCCGCGGCGUUCCAGGGCGACUACCCGACGGCUGCCGUGUUCUGCGCAAUGGACGGGUGCGACCACCGCGACUGCUUCGGGGGCCAUUUUCGGGUGGUCUUCGUCUUCUGUGUCGAUGAAGAAGACACUGAGCAAGAUCCAUUUCUCACGUCGGCCGCCGUGUACUCGUCGGAGACCGGCAUGUGGGGCGAGCUGGCCUCGAUGCACGGUGAGUUCGUGAUGUACUUUGAAUAUUAUUCCAGCGUGCUCAUUGGAAGAUCACUCUACUUCUUGUCCGACGGUGGGUUGAUCCUGGAGUAUGAUUUAGUGAGGCAUGGCCUGACUGUGUUGGACACACCUGACUGCCAGCCCGAUUACAUGUCUGAUGAUGAUGGGUUGGACAAUAGAUAUAACCUAAUGCUGGCGGAGAGCGGUGCACUCGGGGUUAGUGAAGAAUUGGGUCAGCGUCUCAAAUUGUGGACAAAAGAGCCAAGUUACGGCACUGAUGCAAUAUGGGUACUUAGCAGGGUCAUCAACUUGAAUAUUUUGCUUCCAAAUGAUGCUCUCGUGGAUGCAAUAAAUUCAGUGCAAGUGUUGGGCUUUGCUCACGAAGCAAAUGUCACUUUCGUAGUGACGGUUGCUGGCCUCUUCUCAAUUGAACUGCAAUCCAAGCGGGUGAGGAAGGUGUCCGGUCAUCGUGGCUUCUGUAAUCUGAUUCCAGUUGUCAGCUUCUACACUCCGCAUGCUAGACUCAAAGCACCCGUGGGGGAACACCCCAUGACCCACCGCCGUGGCUGAACCCAACUCAGGCGAUCUCUGCUGAACCUUCUCCAAAGAGGCCUGACGGCAGAUGAUUCGCCAUCCGUGAAAUGUGGUAGCAGCUAGAUGGAAGUUCAGAAUUUGCCAAGAUAUGCCUGUAAGGCUGGAACUUUGUAACACGAUUUUAUUACUCCCCGGUCAUGUUCCCUCAAUGCUUGAUACUUAUGUGUUGAAUAGAAGGCUGGAAUUUGAUGUCCUUUAGUA